AUGUCAAUGUCAUUUCCCUGCGGGACUCACGACGAUCGGUGGGGUUCUGAUUUGACUUCCGCCGGAGAAUUCACCCAAAGCUUCCCAUCGUUGCCGGUCCCUCACUCACCCAACUCCGGCGAGGAGCAUCUAGAAGUAACGAUUGAAUACCCAAGCGGCGUACUACUCAACAUCGACUCCGUCACCGGAACCGAUGUUUCCGGCACCGAUCCAGAAAUCACCUCUUCCUCUGCUUCUGGUUCAAGAUCAAGGUCACGUAGCUUAGGUUGGAGCGCGUCGUCGAGUCGACGGAUCCAUGAGAGUCAGGUGGUUGAAAACGCAAAGCAAUUCUCGAGAGAUUUAAAACGGAAGCUUCAGAGAAUCUCAAGGCGAGACGGUGGAUAUUCCUCUCGAUCUGCGCCGGAGACGGUGGUUCCACACGGUGGCGAAAUCACCGAUCCGGCUACUUUAUGUCGAUCUUUAACACAGCGAUUCACGAGGUCUCAUGACCGGAAUCGAUUGAGUACACAGAGAGCGAUUCAUGGAUUGAGAUUCAUAAGCAGUAAAGAAAACGGUAUCGCUGGUUGGAGAGAAGUUCAAAGCAAAUUCGCUAAUCUUUCUAAAGAUGGAAUGGGGAAUGGUAAUUCGAAAGAGUUUGCAGAGGAGUUGUUCGACGCAUUGUGUAGGAGAAGAAGAAUAAUGGUUGAUAAGAUUACAGUUCAAGAACUAUACGAGUUUUGGUACCAAAUUACUGACGAAAGCUUCGAUGCUCGGCUUCAAAUCUUCUUCAACAUGGUGAACAAAAAUGGAGAUGGUAAAAUCACAGAGAAUGAAGUUAAAGAGAUUAUUAUACUAAGUGCAUCAGCAAAUAAUCUAUCAAGGUUGAGAGAACGAGCAGAAGAAUAUGCAGCACUGAUCAUGGAAGAACUAGCUCCGGAUGGACACCACUCUCAGUACAUAGAGUUAAAGGAAUUAGAGAUGCUACUACUCCAGAAGGAUAUAUCUCAUAGUUAUAGCCAACCGUUCAGCCAGACAAGCCGAGCCUUAAGCCAAAACCUAAAGGAUACAAGAUGGGGAAUGAGAAAGAACUUGCUUUACUCUUUGCAAGACAAUUGGAAGAGGAUUUGGAUUUUGACAUUGUGGUUAAUGAUCAUGGCCGGGCUUUUUAUGUGGAAAUUCGUUCAGUACAAACGCAAAGACGCAUUCCAUGUAAUGGGUUACUGCCUAGUCGUGGCAAAAGGAGCAGCUGAAACACUCAAAUUCAACAUGGCUCUUAUCCUUUUGCCAGUUUGCAGAAACACUAUCACCUAUCUCAGAUCCACCGCUUUGUCCUACUCGGUGCCUUUCGAUGACAGUAUCAACUUUCACAAGACAGUAUCUAUAGCAAUCAUUAUUGGAGGGGUUGUCCACGCAUCCAGCCACCUCGCUUGUGAUUUCCCGAGGAUUAUAACAUCUACAGAAGCUGAUUACAAAAGAUACUUGGUUCAUUACUUUGGUGUGACCAGACCCACAUACUUUGACUUGGUUAAGGAUCCUGUGGGAAUCACUGGAUUUAUAAUGGUUAUUUUUAUGAAAUGGUACCGCAAAAAUAUAUGGAUGUAUCUUGCUGUGCCGGUUUUACUCUAUUCUGGUGAAAGGAUCCUCAGAUUCUUUCGUUCCAGGCUUUACUCUGUCGAAAUCGGCAAGGUUGUGAUUUAUCCCGGAAACGUUGUUGUGCUACACAUGUCUAAGCCUGCAUCAUUUGAUUACAAGAGCGGACAGUAUGUAUUUGUUCAGUGUCCUGCAGUAUCAAAAUUUGAAUGGCAUCCAUUUUCUAUUACUUCUUCCCCUCGAGAUGAUUAUCUCAGUAUUCACAUUCGUCAACGAGGAGAUUGGACAGAAGGGAUUAAGAAGGUAUUCUCAGGUGUAUGUGAAGCUCCUGAUCCUGGAAAAAGCGGACUUCUUAGAGCAGACGGACCAAACAGAACAAGUUUGCCAGAGCUGUUGAUAGAUGGACCUUAUGGCGCACCAGCGCAAGACCAUCAGAAGUACGAUGUGUUAUUACUCGUUGGUCUUGGAAUCGGCGCAACACCUUUUAUUAGCAUUUUGAGAGAUCUACUUAACAACAUUGUUAAGCAACAAGAACAAGCUGAAUGCAGCUCAGGUAGUUGUAGUAACAGCAAUAUCUCGUCGGAUCACAGUUUCAGUUGCUUAAACUCUGAUGCUCGGAAUAGGAUUCCCGAAAAUCAAAGGAGAACGUUGAACACGAAGAACGCUUACUUUUAUUGGGUAACACGAGAACAAGGCUCAUUCGAUUGGUUCAGAGAAAUCAUGAACGAAAUCGCUGACUCCGAUAGAAAGGGUGUUAUUGAGAUGCACAACUACUUGACUAGUGUCUACGAAGAAGGAGAUGCUCGAUCCACUCUUCUCACGAUGAUCCAGACUCUAAACCAUGCCAAAAAUGGCGUCGACAUUUUUUCUGGAACCAAGGUACGAACACAUUUUGGGAGGCCAAAAUGGAAGAAAGUUUUAUCAAAGAUUAGCACCAAACAUAAGAACGCAAGAAUCGGAGUGUUCUAUUGUGGAGGAACGAGUUUGGGGAAGGAACUCUCUACACUCUGCCAUGAAUUUAAUCAGACGGGAUGUUCGAGGUUUGAGUUCCACAAAGAACUGUUCUAA